ACGUUGGCACGGCAACGAGCGGUACCCGUCCUUAGCUUGCACCACGCGACUGCCUUUACUCUUCUCUAGUUUAUUGUUUGAUCCAUACAGUUAUUACCAUUGCGAUCAACAGCAGCAUGGAAUAGUAGCAAUAUCAUUAUCGCAGCCGAGCAGCGAACUUGAAAGAAAAUAUACUUCGUCUUGUCAUAAUAACAGUACAACUGGCAGACCCACGUGUGCGCCGUGGGUAAACAUUCCUCGCGCUUCAUCAAUACUACAUCCAAUAAUACUGCCACUACACAUGCGACGUUGAGAAAUUGGCGACUGCAGUGAGUGGAAUUAUCGCAUAUCAGCUAUCGCCAGCAUUCCUCAGUCAGGCACGGUGCUGCCACGCGUGCAUUCCGACCAUGGAGGAUGUCAGUAUGAUCAUGAUAGACGCUCCGGCCAUCAUGCACCCACAAACAUUCCUCUCACCACGAAUUACACAUAUCACCAACCAAAUCAACUUUGCGCCUACCGCGGUCACGACAAAGGCCAUCCCCCGCGCCUGGGAGCGUAUCCCGUCUCGCGCGUUUCUCGCACGUCACAAAUCGCGAACGAUCUGGAAGCGGUUUAGGAAAAGCAUGGAAUCGCUGCGCGAUCGCACGGGGCGUGUAGGGAGUAGAAUCGAAGAGAGGGAAUUUGAGAGCGAGAUCAAGACGUCGGCAAACGCUGAUUACAUGCGCGCUACAAAGCGACAACGGCUGGACGACAGCGAUGACCAGCAGGAGGAGAGCGUGCAAAUAGAGCGGGGCCGGUCGUUUCUCGAGACGAAAUGGGAAUUGGAAGCUGGGAGAAGACGUCGCAAGCUGGUCAGCAUCACGCAAGAAGAGGAACAUGCGCAUGUGGUUUCAUUUGGCGAGGGUGUCGGGAUUGAGAAGAGUGAGGGCGGGUUAUUGGAAGAAAUUGAGCGCCUUGUCUCGCUGGAUGGGGAAGCUUAUGCAGUCGUGGACGCUCUUAGUAAAGGCGCUGAAGGCAGCAAUAACGAGCAAACACUUGACGAUGUCAACCCCACUAUGAAGACCACGGCAGCUGCAGAGAUCGCAGAGAUCGUUGCCAGACAGGAGCCAUCGCUGGUCCGGUCAGCCUUGAGAAUGAACUCGCUUGAUGGAGAGGAUGUAGCUCUGCUGAGUGAGUUCUUAUCGCGCGCUCAAGCCAAAAGAGCAGCCAACGCGACCAUGACGCCUAGCAAGAUGGAUAAGCUGGAUAAGCCUACAGCAAUGAAUUCUCCCACGAUUCGACCACGGAAGGCUCUCGAGGAAGUUGACAAGAACUCUCCCUCGCCUCAGAAACAGCAUAUUUCUACCCCAGUCAAGUCUGCUCCAAUCAAGCCCGUUGAAUUUCCAGAACGGCCAGUAAAUCAAGAAAACCGCGAAGACGCAGCGACCGAGGCAUCACCAAUUUCAUGUCGUCGCAGCACUCGUACAAAGCUACCCAAGACUCAAGCGCCCAGCCAGCCCCCAGCUGUGCCGAACCAAAUCCCAGUACGACGCGCAAAUGGAACCGAGUUCAUCUUCUUACAGCGGACAGAAGCACAGGAGCUGGCGCUUUUGACUCGGAAAAACACGCGCCGCAACAAGGGGAAUGCAGUACUCCCCAAGCACUUUUUACAUAACUGCGCCAAACAGGAGCAGAGCGAUGAUGGCGAAGCUUCAUCUCAUUCUCCUCCCAGCGAAGAACCCGUGGUACAGGUCCGACGAUCACCCCGCAAACAUCCUGGAUCUAAGCAGGUGUGGUGGAAGGAGGACAAGCUAGUUGAAUAUGCGCCGGAGAAAUUAGACGAGACAGUUUACGGAUCUUCACCAGAUAAAAUAGCCGAAAAGCUGCGGCACGAUGGUAGCAACAAGGCUUCUACGAGAGACAAAUAUGAGUCCAAAGCCCACACGCUGCCAGCAACACCAAGCAAGAAAGUUCGCAGAAUCAACAUGCUAGCUCCAGCGAGUACGAGCGCUCCGAUCAAGCCUUUAACGGUCAGCACGCCGAUUCCUAAACGCAAGAAAUUAACCCCCAAGGCCCCGGUCCGGAGCGCAGGCGCUGAUACUACAAGCUCGACUCGUCUAGAUAAGGGUGCACAAGAAAUAGCUGUCACCAAACCCGCCGCAUCAAUCGCAAAAGCAGCAGUUUCAAAGAAAGCGAGUGGCAUUCCUAAAAGCAAAAGCUUACUGAAAGCGACGUCGAUACCGAGUUCGGCGUCAAUCAUGUCUUCAGCGGGAGCUACGCCUGUGGCCAAACGUGUGCGCGCGAAGAAGGUGGGAGUAUGAUACUAACUCGGCGGGGUGAAUUGCUACGUUUAAGCACUGAUUACAUUGUUUGAUACCCUUGCUUUGGUUUGUCAUGUUUUGUGGUUGUAUUGUAUAUAAUUGAUUUCUAGUUUCUCGUGCAGUAUGAUAACCCUUGAUAUUCUCAUUCAUGAUAUCAGUAUGGAUUUAAUGGUCACCCGACAUCAAUCAAUCACCUCAAUGCCAUCUUGUCGAAAUGGGUCGCAUUGCUCCAGCAUGCAUGAUAAUAUCCCGGUUUAGGAAUGAAGCCACAGUGGAUUCUCGCAUAUCACAAAAGGAAACGGUUUUACUUCAUUUAAGAACCACCCUGAAUGCUCUAAAUAAUCCACUCAUGUAACAAGAAAAUUACGCACGCCAAUAAUUUCAACUUAUCAACCUAUCAUACUUAUGUCGAUAAUAUCAGAGGUGAAUAGCCUAG